AAGUAUUCAAUUUGUUGUCGUCGCUCGUUGGAGGCAGAAGUCGUCGCGCGGAAAACUCGUCAGCCUAAAAGCUAAACGCUCGCAAUAGCAGUUUUUUGUUUUUGUACAAAUAAAGUUUCGGACGCAAAGGUUCGCUGCUGCUGCUGCUUGGUGCUCGUUUGUUUACACAAACCACACACACACACACGCAUACAUAUACGCGUAGCACUUGCUCGUGCGCCUGCAAAAGUUGUCGUCCGCUCGACAUCGCUACCAGUGGCUGCUGUGACUUGGUCUGCUCUGCGUGAAAUUGCCGCCCGUGCUGGAGCAUAAAAGUGUAGAUAAUUUGCGUUUCGCUUGCGACCUUUUUCCCUCGCAUUUCCUUUAAGCCAAAAACAAAAAAGCACUAACUUUGUUGGUGUUGUUGUGAAUAUACAGCAUAAAAAGCAAAAUACGAAAAAUUUAUAAUAAUCGAAAAAGCACACAUUCUAAGUGCUUCACAGCCUCACGCGCUCGCUGUUGACAUUUGCUUUUGUGCUUUGUGUUUUUGUAUUCGGUGGGCAGUAACGGCAAUUGCCACCUGUUCUUGGCGAGCGAUUCGUUUGAUUGACGCGUGUCUGUCGUACACUUUUACACGAAAAUAAUUGCGUUGUGCGCCUAUACAAUUUUCAGUAGAAUAUUAGUAAGCGCUAAAAACCGCUUCAAGUAUUUUUCUGGGAUUUGAUCGAAGGAAACAAAUCAAAAAAACUAAAAAAGAAAUCAAAAAAGUAAAAACAGCUGAAAUUCAUGAAAGUGCGCGCCAAGAGCCAAUAACAAAAAAAAACGCAAGAAAAAAUUUGAAAAGUGUUUUGAGCAUACAUAUAACAAAGUUCUAACAACAACAACAAAAAAACAGAAAAUAAUACAACAACAAACAAAAGAAAAUAUUACACAACAACAACAAUAAACUAAAAACUACAAAAGUAAAAAACUACGACAAAAACAAAAACAAAAAAAUUACAACAACAACAAUCAAUUCCAAACUCAGUGAAAGCCGGUAGACUACUUAAAUGUGCAAAAGAGUUCUACCAGCGUAAGCAUUAUUGUAUAAAAUAAAUCAAAGUAAACAGGAACAAAGAUUCUUCAACGCUAAAACCGAAUUUUGCGCGUAGCUCAAGUAACAGCGUGAUUAUUUUAUUGUUUUGUUGUUGGCAGUGAAAGUAGGUGACAGACAGACCCUAAUAGCAAUUUGGUGUUAUUUGCAGAUCACGCCGCCGUAAAUAAUAAAAUCAGCAUAUACUUCUUUAAUCGGCCAGAGCUGCUGCUACAGAACAUAUAAUAGUUCAAUUAAUAUUUUGAAGUGAAAAUUCUUACACAUUUUCAACGCUCGAUCACAACAUAAAAGCUGCCAAAAUGGGUUCCGAUUGUGGCGUCUGGCUGGCCAAAUAUCUGCUAUGCCUCUUCAACUUCCUCUUCUUUGUCGUUGGCACAAUCGUGCUGGGCACUGGCAUUUGGCUGGCGGUCGACAAAGCCUCGCUAAUUGCACUGCUCAAGAUGGUGGAAAGCGAUCAAAUAACCCAAUUCACACAGCCGCGUGUCAUCGAGCAGAUGGCGUACGUUUUGAUUGCUAUCGGCGCCGUUAUGUUCUUCAUGAGCUUCCUCGGCUAUUGUGGCGCGAUACGUGAGUCGCGUUGCCUGCUGACAACGUACGGCGUUUUCAUGAUUCUGCUGCUCAUUGCCGAAAUCGUUGCCGGUGGCUUGGCUGCUUUCUAUAAGGAGAAGGCGCGCGCUGAGACCAAAACUUUCCUGCAAUCCACCAUCACCGACUAUUACUCCACCCACGAAAAUAUGGAUGCCGUCACACUCAUGUGGAAUCAACUGAUGAGUCAGAUGAGCUGCUGCGGCGUGAAUGACUAUCGUGACUUCGAUGCCUCACUCGCAUGGAUCAGUAACAAGGGUAAUCGCACGCUACCCGAAGCCUGCUGUGUGCUGAAGGAUGUGAGCCAAAUGUUGCCACGUGACGAUGAUUGCGUGAUAAAUCCUAGUGAGAGCAACAGCUUCUACAAGAAGGGCUGCUAUGAAGUAUUCACUGACUGGAUUAUCUCCCACCGCGAAAUCAUUAUUGGCGUGCUGCUGGGCGUUGGCAUUGUUCACUUGUUCGCCAUCUUCUUGGCAUUCUGCCUGUGCAAGGCGUUCGCCAAGUACCAUGGCAUGCGUCUUUAAGAGUCUGCCCAUACAAAGCUAGCCAAUUAGUAGCACCAAAUAUGACUAGUGAAGCAAAAAGAUCGUUGUGACGAAAAGACUUCGACAAUUAUGAGAAGCCAUUUCUGUCUCUUUUCGUAAAUUGUUUAUAUUGUUGAUUUAUUAGUUUUACAAAUUUUUGGACAAAUUUUGUAGAAAUCUUUUUUUAUUGGUAAUAAGUAGUUUACAGAGGUUUUUGUAAAUUUUUAUUGAAACUUUUGCAUAACUUUAUGCAUAUGGAUAAUGAACUGUUCGAACACUGAAUACUAUUGUUAAAUAUUUAUGAAUAGUUAAAAACAAUCAGACGAGAAAAUAAUUAAGGAAAAAUAUUUGUUGAUGAAUGAGUGUGCAAAUAGCGCCUUUGAUUUGCUAAAAUCAAUUGAACAUGAAUGCAUACUUGUAUACUCAAGAAAAAAAAAUUGAAGCAAAAAAAUACAAAAAAAAAAUAAAAAAUUAAAAUAACGGACAACAAAUCGAACUAAGACUUGAUUUUAGUUAUCUUAGUAUAAACUCUCAAUGCUUGCUAGUAAUAACUAACACCUGUAGAAAUUGUUUAGUCUAGAACGUAAGCAAGAAUCUCUCCACACUAUACAUCACAAAUCAAUUGUAGAACAUAUCGAAAAUUUGAAAAACAAAUUGUAGAACAUAUCGAAAUGAAAAAUUUGAAAAAAAAAACAAAAUUGUUUUUAAGCUAAGCAUUUAUACGAAAAUCACAAACAAAAACUAAAAAAUCAUAAAUGAAAACAGAAACAGAAAGUAACACAAAAAAUAAAAUAAAAAAAUUUGAAAUUUUGAAAACAGCUGAUUACAAAUUUCGAAAAUUGUAUUCGAAAAGCAUGCAUGACAAGCUUAUAAUUUUAUAAACGAUAUUUCGAAACGACUGAAAUUUCGAUUUUCUUUAGUUUUAAAGUUCAAGAAUUGUAAUUUCGAUUUUCUUUUGUUUCAAAGUUCAAUGAUUGUAAAUUAUUUUUGAAGUUGCAAAUUUUUAAGUCCAUCUGAAUUCUUUUCAUUAUACAAACACAAAAAAACAAUACUUCACUCCUAACUAAAGUCAAUUAAAAUUUUCGAAUAUUUCUUUAGAGCCUUGGUAUGCUUUGAAACCACUCAUAAAUUGUUAUUCGACGAUUAUUUAAAAUUAUUGCUUUUUAUAAAAUUUUUUUUAAUAGAAUUUUGUGAAUAUAAAGAUUCAUGCAUAAGAAAAAUAUUAAUCAUUGCUAAGAACUGUUUUCUUUUUUUUUUAUUUACACAUUUUCUUUUUUAAUAAUUUUUUAUAAUUUUUUAAAAAACUUUUUUUAAUAUUUUUUUUUUAUUUUUUUAAAAACUAUUUUUAAUAUUUUUUUUUAAACAUUUUAAAAUUACUGCUUUUUGUAUACAUUUUUCAUAAAAUUUAGUGUAAAUAAAAAUGCAUACACAUGAAAAUUAUUCAUUGCUAAAAAUUUUUUUACAUAUUUUUUAUUUAAAUUUUUUUUAAUAAUUAAUUUUAUUUUUUGGUUUAAUGGUCUUUAAUAAUUUUUUUUUACCUUUUUUAUUCAUACUUUUUUCUUUAAAUAUAUUUUUUUUAUUAAAAUGUUUUUUUAUUUAAAAAAUUUUGUUCUUAAUAAUUUUUUUUUUUUAAUUCUGCGCAAUAUUUUUUUUUAAAGGUGGAAUUAAAAUAUUUUGAUGAGCGCCCAAAAGUAUGCAACUAUUUUUUUGUCAUAUUAAUUAUUUGUAUUUUUAUCCGCCUCCUUAGUUAUAAUUAUAAUUUAUAAAUACCACUACAAAGCGCCUACACCUGCGCCAAAAAAUCAUAAAAUUAAUUACACAACGUUUAAUAUUCAAAAUUAUUAAUUACUGUAUACCAUAAUGGUUUUUUCUCCAUAAAAAAUAUAAAACUUCGACACUUUUUCAAAAAUUCAGAAACAGAGCGAUUUAAAAUUCUAAAAAAAAAUUUAAAAAAAAAUUAUUUUGCAAUUUCAUAUAAAUGCUUUUUAAAUUGACAAUUGCAUAUUUUUAAAGUCAAAAAAUUUCUAUUUUUGCAAGCCCUUUCAUUUAAACAGUAUAAAACUAAAUUUUUAAAAUUCAAUCUCACAAAAAAUCCACAUUAAACUAAAUCAUAACAUUUUUUAUCAAUCCACCAAGCAAUAAAUUUUUGUAACAUGCAUUGUGAAUACCCUCAUACCAACAAAUCUAAAAUAUCUUUGUUAUAUACAUAUACAUAUAUACAUAUAUGUAUACCUACAUAUAUGUUAAGUAAAGUAAAGACGAAAAUUUCAGCAGUUUGAUAGGAGUCAACAAAUUUUCGUAAUAUUUGAACAUUUUUUAUUAAGAUAAUUAGGGUAUUUAAUAAUAAAUUUAUUAUGGAUGUUGUAUAUUUUAUAUAUAUAUACUUGUAUAUAUAUUUAUAUACGCCUACCUGCAUUAUGACGGGGGCAGAAUAUUGAGUAUCUAGAAUUUAGCAAACAUAUCCACAUACGAGUACAUAUUUAGUAUGUAAACGUGUAUAUAGCGAAUGUCUGUAAGCUGUUUUUAUAUUAAUUCAAAUACAUACACAUACAUAUAUACUUACAUGCCUAAGUACACGGACAUUUUUUUGUAGAUUAAGUUUUGUAAAGCUAUUCGUAGUUUUCUUGAAGUUCAAUAGCGAAAAGUGAAAUAUUGUAAAAAUUGAAUCAUUAUUAAAUAUAAUAAAAGAAAAACAAAAACAACGAA